AUGAAUGUAUUGGUCUUGUGUCUCCUGAUAUCACUUACAUCAGCAGCACCAGAAUGGGAGCAGAUCAAAUCCCUACCCAACUUGGUUGAACCACUACGUUCGAAGCACUAUGCUGGCUAUGUACAAGUUUCUCAAACGAAGCAACUUUUUUACUGGGUCAAUAACUAUGGCGAAACUGUUACCAGAAAUCCAUGGACCUGGAAUCGCUACGCUAAUAUUAUCUAUCUUGACGCACCAGCUGGUGUUGGUUUCUCAAUUCGUCUUGAUGGCCUAUGGGAUUACACAGACACAGAAGUGGCCUUGGACAACUACGCAGCAAUGAAAGAGUGGUUCAAGAAAUUCCCCGAACGCAUGACGAAUGACUUUUAUGCUGCAGGAGAAUCAUACGCUGGCACGUACAUACCAAUGCUUUCAGCAAUUUUGGUGGACGAUAAAAGCAUCAAUUUUAAGCGUUCUACGAAUUGCUCCGUCGAAGCGUUUGGAAAUAUUGAAUAUUGA